CCCCCCGCCGCCGGGGCCCGCGCCAUUGCCCGCGCCAUUGCCGUGCCUCGCUCCGCACCUUUCCCUCCCUCCUGGCUGCGCGCCCCUGGCCGGGCGGCUCCGGUUUGGCCGCCGCUCCCCGAGCCGACGCCUCCCCCAGGCUCGGGCGGGCCGCGGGCGCAGCGCGCACCGUGCCCGGCGCGGCGAAGCCGCGGUCGCUCCGUCCCCAUCAGGCGGCAGCGCGGAAUGAGCCUGGGCUCGGCGCCGGGCUGUCCCCCUGCCCGGCACAGCCGCUCCCCCAUUGGCUUCCGCCGCGCCUCGCGCCGCUGAUUGGCUGAGCCGCGGCAGCGCGGCGCUGUGAUUGGCCGAUGGCGCUGUCGAUCCCGGCGGAGCCCCCGGAGCGCCCGCCCCCGCGGUUAUCAGGUUAGUGCGCGCCGCGGUGCUGCGCUCGGGCUUCCGAGCGGCGCUGGGCGAGCCCGAGUCCCUCCGCGCCCCGCGAUCGGGGGGCUCUGCACGGGGUCACUGCGCCAGCCGAGCCGCGCACCCUCCGCGCCUGCCGCCAGCCACGGACAUGGACAUGAAGAAAAGGAUCCACUUAGAGCUGCGGAACAGGACGCCCUCAGAUGUGAAAGAGCUCGUUCUGGACAACUGCAGGUCGUACGAAGGGAAAAUCGAGGGCCUCACGGAUGAGUUUGAGGAGCUGGAAUUCCUCAGCACAAUCAACGUCGGCUUAACCUCAGUUGCAAACUUACCAAAGUUAAACAAACUUAAGAAGCUCGAGCUGAGCGACAACAGAAUCUCAGGAGGCCUGGAAGUGUUGGCAGAGAAGUGUCCGAACCUCACGCACCUAAACCUAAGCGGCAACAAAAUUAAAGAUCUCGGGACAAUAGAACCUCUGAAAAAGUUGGAAAACCUGAAGAGCUUAGACCUGUUCAACUGUGAGGUGACCAACUUGAACGACUACAGAGAAAACGUGUUCAAGCUGCUGCCGCAGCUGACGUACCUGGACGGGUACGACCGGGACGACAAGGAAGCGCCGGAUUCCGACGCCGAGGGAUACGUGGAGGGGCUGGAUGACGAGGAGGAGGAUGAGGAUGUUUUAUCCCUAGUGAAAGACCGGGACGACAAGGAAGCGCCGGAUUCCGACGCCGAGGGAUACGUGGAGGGGCUGGAUGACGAGGAGGAGGAUGAGGACGAGGAGGAAUACGACGACGACGCUCAGGUAGUGGAGGAUGAGGAGGAUGAGGAGGAGGAGGAGGAAGGGGAAGAGGAGGAUGUGAGCGGAGAGGAGGAGGAGGAUGAGGAAGGCUACAACGACGGCGAGGUGGACGACGAGGAGGACGAGGAGGAGCCUGAGGAAGAGCAGGGCCAGAAGAGGAAACGAGAGCCUGAGGAUGAGGGGGAUGAGGACGACUGAGCAGCUUUUCCCUGGAAAAAAUUCCCUCUUGUGAUUUGACUGUUUUUAUCCCGGAAUUCCCCCUUUUCCCACUCCCGACCCUUUGGAUUUCCUUUUCUUUUCCUUUUUUUUUUUUUUUUUUGGUUUUUUUUGGUUUUUUUUUGGUUUUUUUGUUUUUUUUUUUCCGGAUUGUAACGUUGCUGUGGGAACCGAGCGGGAGCAGCGAGGGUGGGAAGGGAAUAAAAUCCUAUUUUUACUGCCGCUCCUCCUCCGAUUCUUUGGGAAUUUUUUUUCCUUGGAUCCUUUUCCUUGAAUCCCUGGAACUGCGAGAGUUGAGUAGGAACCGAGCUGGGAAUUCUUGGAGCGGAGCUUGGACAUCUUGGAAGCAAAACAAGGAGAAAACCGAGUUGAAAUCCAUGGAUGAGCCGGGAUUUUCCCACCUCUGCCAUUCCCAAAUCCAUGUUUUUUUUCAGGAAUGGCAGCCAGGCCUCCUCCCUGGGGUGGCAGUGGUGCCUUGCUCCAUGGGUUGUUUUGUUUCUUUUUGGGAAUGCUGCCAUUUCCAGCCCCUUUUCCCAACUUUGGGAAUUCCCUCUUUGUAAAUAGCGACCAAGCGUUGGUUUUUUUGGGAAUGUCGGAUUUUUCGGGAUGGGUUCGGAGCUGGUGACUUUGCGAUCCCUGUGUGUUGUGUGUUCCUGGUUUUCCUUUAAUUUGGGAGGGAAUUUUAGGGUUUUGUUGGGAAUUGCUUUUUUAUUUUUCGGGAUUUUUUUUUUUGGGUUUUUAAGGGAAUUUUUGGGGGGAAUUUUUGGGAAUUUUCGUGGCUCCAGCCCAGCCAAAUCCCUGGAAAUGGCAGGCAUGAAAUAAAAAAAAUGGGAAUCUUUAUAAAAAAAUAUCCCAAAUUCCCAAAUUGCCCGACUUUGGAAUAAACCAACUCCUCCCCCCCUUUCCCAAUCAGCUCCCUCUGGAAUUUCUGCCCCUAAUCCAGGAAAAACCGCUUGGAAAAUCCCAAAUUUUCCACCCAGAAAGCCAGGAAUUCCAGGAGAAAUGCCCUGAAAUUCCAUGGAAAUUCCUGAAAGUUGUAUUUUCUUACUUUGUGGGAGGCAAAAAAAACCCGGAAAAUCCUUGAGGAAUGUACAGAUCCUGCGGGAAAAAAUCCUUUGGAAGUGACUUGGAUUUCCUAGGAAAGCUUCCGUGUGUAGAAAUCCAGCGGCUCCAGGUUUUUUUGGGAAUUUGGGGGCCCGGCAGAGCCACCUUUGGAGUUUUUGUCUGUUUGGCUUUGAGGAAUUUCAAUAAAGCUUUUGAUACAAA